GCAGCAGUCUUUAACACAGCCCAGCCAGCUCUCUGUGCAUUCAUAUUAGAGGCAACACAGGAUACACACUCACACACACACACUCACUUAAUCAUAUCUCAAACUGGAGUCAGAGUGAGGAAACAGAAUGUCAGGAAAGGAAGCUCUGAAGCCAGUGGGAAAGCAGAGUUUGCCUCACGUCUGUGGAGCUCCUUUCUGAAGAGUGGAAGAUUAAAUUCACAACAGCGGGCAAAUAUCUGAAGAUUUUUUUUGUUUGCCUUUUUGGAAAAAGACCAGAAAACUAAAAAAGUGGUAAGUAUAAGAAUCUCAACUUUUACUUGGAUACCACCCUCAAGAUCUGGAGAAGACGUACAUCAGGAGGAAAUUCUUGAAAUUCUCUUUGUCUCCGACCACUCACCGCUCCUCAGGUCUCUGAGUCCCAUCAUCAUCGAACUGCAGGAGGACACAUCCUCAGGUUUAUACCACACAAUAAGACCACUAAGAAGAUGAGUCUGUCACAGAACGGGACGCUGGAGAAGACAAUGUCUGAGCAGGCCCCCUCUGAGCCACGCUCCCCCUCCAGAGUGGGUUCAGGGGUCGUGGUGCCGCCUCCGUACUCACUGGGCUGCAGCGAGGCCGCUGAAUCCCCCCUGGAGCUGAGAGGCUCUCUGGACUGCUGGGCCUGCUCUGUGCUGGUCACUGCCCAGAACCUCAUCAUCGCGCUGAUCAAUGGUGUGCUGGCUGCCAUCGUGUUCGGCACCAUCCUCACCCCUGCUCUGACUAUGGUCAUAUUUGGUUUUCUCUGCCACUCCACGGUGCAGCCCCAUGGAACAUCCCUGUACUGCUCAGACGUGCUGGAUGACGGCGGCUGCGUGGCCUUGCUGGUUGUGGGUUUCCUGCUGCUCACCCCUCUGCUGGUCCUGGCUCUGGCGGCCUACUGUCGCCUGGCCCGACACCUCCAGCUGGGCAUGUGUUUCAUCCCCUACAGCCGCGCCGUCUACAAGAACCUACCCUUGUCACGCCACCAGAGGUCUGAUGGGGGAGGCUGCUGUGGUCAGCAGGGAGCUUCAGAGAGGGAGGGGAAGGGCAGCAUAUGGGUGUAGGAGAGGGGAUGAAAGGAGAGGAGAGGAGAGGAGAGUAAAGGGGAGGAAGAAUGUCUAAAUGAUUGUAAGAUGUAUCCAUUGAGUCAUUUUGUUUGUUUAGUUAUUUUUUGUAAGGAGUUGGAGUUCAAUAUUGCCUUUGUAUACUAUUCCACUUGUAUUUUUUUAUACUUUUUAAAAACAGUGUUGUUUGACCAA